UUGAACCUCCGACAAAAAUUCAGAAAAUGAUUGAAUGCCAAUCUUAUGAAUUACCUGCUAAAAUAACAGAAACUCACCAGAAAAUAAUAACGGAAGAAGAGGAAAAAUACCAAUACAACAACUACAGCUGUGAUGAAAGUGUUUUAUAUUUUAAAAAAUUAUCUGCUAAUGCUACAACUCCAAUGCGUGGAUCUAUGCAUGCUGCUGGUUUUGACUUGUUUAGUGCAGAAGAGUUAGUUAUUGAGCCAAAUAGUCACAAGCUAGUCAAAACAGAUAUUGCUGUAAAGCUGCCCAAAGGAUCUUAUGGUAGAGUGGCACCAAGGUCUGGAUUAGCAUUAAAGAGCUUCAUUGAUGUUGGUGCAGGGGUAGUUGAUUACGAUUAUCGUGGUAAUCUUGGUGUUGUUCUAUUUAAUCAUGGUAAAAAUCCAUUUGUUGUUAAAUGUAAGGAUCGUAUUGCCCAAUUCAUUGUUGAAAAGAUUUAUACUCCAAAGCUUAUCGAAUUAGAGGAUCUUGAUGAAACUUUACGAGGUAGUGCAGGAUAUGGAUCGACGGGUACAAGAUAAAUGUGUUGCAUUAAAAAAGAUAUACCUACUGACAUUCAUUUUUGUAGUUAAAAUAUUUAAAAAGAGAUAUUUAUAUUUA